AUUUGCAAUGGCUUCAAAUAUUCCGAUCGAUUUGAAUGAACCUCCUUACGACGUAGAAGAUGCAUCACUGAGAUCUUCAGAGAACAUUAUAAUCGAGCUAAAUGUUGACAACAACCCGGAAAUUGGAUACCCUGUUAUCGAGCUCGACUUAAAUCAGUUAUUCGAAGAUGAUGACGAAACGAGGUCUGAUUCAUCUGUGGAAGAGAUAAUUGGCCAACAAGCCAAUGAUGGAGAAGGAAAUAGAGACAUAGGAGGAGUACUUCAAGGGCACGUAAUAUUGGGUGGACAAGAGAUUUUCAAUGAAUUUGACGGCGGAAAUGGUGAAGCAGGGGAAACAAGCCAAGGUA